AUGCCUCUAACUGCUCUACCCAAGGCGUUUGAUUUGAAAGAGCUAAAGAAAGGAUACUUUCCACAUUUAUUCAACACUUUGGCUCAUCAGAAUUAUGUAGGGCCAAUUCCAGCGCUCGACUUCUACGAUCCCGACCAUUUAAAGGAAGACGCUCGGGAAAAAUUAUUAAAAUGGCAUGGCGAAAGACAAGCGGAGGGAUACGUUUUUGAUUUUCAGAAAGAAAUCGUUGAAUACUGUAUCUCCGAUGUGGAAAUAUUGACACAGGCGUGUCUCAAAUUUCGAGACCUGAUGAAAACCGAAACCACAGUCGAUCCCUUCCAGGAAAGCACCACUAUUGCAUCAUGCUGUAACAAAGUCUUUAGACGCAAUUUUUUAAAACCUGAGACGAUCGGGAUUCUACCGAACCAGAACUUAUAUCACCCCGUUUUACCGUCAAAAAUGAACAACAAAUUGAUGUUUGUUAACUGUCAAAAAUGUGGUGAAGAUUUCGUUCGAGAAGAGUGUCAGCAUUCUAUUCAAGAAAGAAGCCUAAAAGGAACUUGGGUGAUAGAAGAGGUGCUCAAAGCUAUUGAAAAAGGUUACCAGAUUAUAGAGACUUACGAAAUAUGGGAAUACGAUACAAUUCAGCUCAGUAAAGACCAAGAGGGGUUAUUUAGCGGAAUGAUGAACAAGUUUCUACAAAUAAAACAACAAGCUUCAGGAUGGCCCAAACAUUGCUUAACGGAUGAAGAAAAAAACCGUUAUAUUGAUGCAUUUUUGGAUAGAGAAGACAUAAAGCUGGAAUUUUCAAAAAUUAUAGAGAACCCCUGUUUGAGAUCGUUAGCUAAACUUAUGCUGAAUUCCUUUUGGGGUAAAUUUGCUCAAAAAGAAAACCAAAACAAAACCUCAAUAGUCAGAGACUGUGGUGAAUUCUUUGAUAUGCUGACUAAUCCUUCUAUUCAUGUAAAUACAGUUCUCCCGGUAAACGAAGAAACCCUUCUCAUAACUUGGGAAUUUAGAGAAGAGGCCUAUGACGUUUCUUCAACGGUUAACGUUGUAUUGGCUUCAUAUGUCACGGCCCUAGCUAGACUAAAAUUAUAUUCAUUCUUGGAGAAAGUGGAAGAAAGGGCAGUUUACGUAGAUACAGAUUCAUGUAUUUAUAUCUCUCGUAAGGGAUUAGACGACAUAUCUACAGGCGACUUCAUAGGUGAUAUGACCGAUGAGCUCAAUGGGGGUUUCAUAUCAGAGUUUGUUUCUGGAGGACCUAAGAACUACGCCUACAAAUAUACUACUUUGUCUGGAGAGGAACAGAUCGUAUGUAAAGUAAAAGGCAUAUCACUCAACUACAAGGCAUCCCAAGUAGUCAAUUUUGAGAAAAUAAAAGACAUGGUGCUGAAGAAAUCUGAUCCUGUUUCUGUACUUUCUCGACAGCUACGACGUACAAGAGAGCAUGCAGUAGUAACAGUCGAGUUUCCUAAGGUAUACAAGAUAACUUCAAUGAAAAGGAAAUUCUAUGAAGAUCAUACCUCUGUACCAUUUGGAUUUAAGAAAAUAAAGUAUUGA